GCGUCGCAGGCCUGACCGGCGGACGGAGAGGAGCAGCUUUGAUUGACUUCCAACAGGGGAAGAAAGCCUUAAAGACACCAUGGAGGGCUUCCAUGGGCUGACAGGCCGGGGCUGGGCGGCGGGCACGGGUGCUCAAGAUGACCCCCGGCUGAACGGGUCGUCCUCCCCCUUGUGGAGAACAUUCCGAUCCGCCGUCAUCCUUCCUCCCCUCCUCUUCGCUCCGACUGCCACAGUCUGAAGGAGUGUGUGAGAGCAGGAGAGAGCGAGAGAGAGAGAGAGGGAACGUGGGAAAGAAAAUGAUCCAAACAUCGCUCCUUGCCGCCCUCCUCGUCCUCCACGCCAUGGCCAACCCCCAGUUCUUUGCUCACCACGGGAGGAGGGUGUGUGGCAGCCGUGACCCCCACCAUCGCCACAUUGUCACGGCAACAGAGUCCUACGUCCUUCCUCUGCACAGGCCCUACAUCACCGUGUGUCAGGGGCAGCGCCUCUGCAGCACGUACAAGACCGUGUACACAGUAGCGUACCGGCAGGUGAGCAGAGCGGCAUCUCUGUCCAAUUACUACCCAGAAUGCUGCCCGGGAUGGCGGCGCUUUCACUCCCUCAGUUGUAACCAAGCUGUGUGUGAUCACACCUGUGUGAACGGGGGAACAUGCAUGACACCCAACCACUGUUCUUGUCCACACGGAUGGACGGGACGCCGGUGCCAGACAGAUGUGGACGAGUGCAUCCAGCAGCAUCCUUGCGCUCACCAUUGCAUCAACACAGCCGGAAGUUUCCGAUGCGCCUGCAGGGACAGGUUCCGCUUGUCCGCAGACGGACGCUCCUGUCACCGCUUGGGUCCCGCCGCCCAGGACCCUGGUGAUGUUUCCACUUCAGGUGAACGGUUCGGCAUUCUGGGGAAUGUUUCAGAGGAGGUGAAGAGCCUGAGGAGCAGGGUGGAGCUUCUGGAAAAGAAGCUGCAGUUGGCGCUGGCGCCGUACGGCAGCGUCUUCCCGCUGUCGCUGGACGAGGGCGUGUCCGAAGCCACCCUGUUAUCGCACUCCUUCCAGCAGCUGGACCGCAUCGACUCGCUCAGUGAGCAGAUCGGGUUCCUGGAGGAGCGCCUGGGAACAUGCUCCUGCCAGGAAAACUAGGAGCGAAGAGACAAAGAGGGUAUACUCACCAAGAUGGCGAGCGCUGGGUCGGCCGUCGCAUUCGUCGCACAACUCGGGACGGGAUGUUCCCCAUCAUGCUGUUAAGAAGUCUUACGUUACGUUACAAACAUCAUCAACCGUGAACUAUCAGUGCAGCUGUGUGUCCACACCUGGACACAUCUGUAUUUAUUAUUUAAAAAUACAGUUAUUUCUCAGUACGUUUUUUUUUGUUUUUGGGUGAUAAUUUCAUAAUAAAAAAAACAAAAAAAAUGUCAUGUGUGCUCAGUGAAGAAGUACUUUAAGAAAAAAAGAAAUACAUUUAUUUCAUCUGUUGCACUUGCAAGGCAUUCACAUUUACCCACAGGAGGUGAAAUCAGGAACACGACAUCGUCAAUGUAUGUCAGAUUAUUAUUGAAAUGUGGGACACGCACCCACGCACACUCUGUAGGUUGUUAUUUAUGUUCCAACUAAAGCUACCAACAAUUACACUUUAAUAGCUUUGGUGACCAUGAAGACAGUUUGUUUUUGUUUCCUGCCAAAAUUCAACAUGAAAAGUGCUAUAUUCACUUCCUUUUUUUCUCAGAGUAACCCAAUUGUUGUUUUGAUUACUUUUUUUGGAAGCCCCCCCACCUCAUCCCCAACGAAUCACAAAAAAUGAUCACAAUGUAAAUUUGAACAUCUCUAUGAAAGAAUGCAUACAUGAUUGCAUCGCACUUGUGCCGUCCAUUAAACUCACUAAUUGACACGUCACAAAUGAUAAGACACAAACUGAACAUAUGAUUUUUUUUUUUUUAAAGCCUUUGUUUUUUUUGUUGGAGGAAACCAAUUUGGUUCAACAUUCAAGCAACUUGCUAAAAGAAAAAAAAUUAUACUGUAUUUUGAAUGCAAGACAAGGAGCAAAAAGAAGUUAGUAAUAUUAGGGGUAAAUAUUCAAACUGUCCUUACUGCGGUGUGUGUGUGUGUAUGUGUGUGUAAAGCUGAGGCGCGAGCAGGUCACCUAUGAAGCGAGUACGAGCCAGCGCCACUCGUCAAACCUCCUCACAAUCAGUCAUGAACAUUUCAUCAAAAGCCAUCCAAGCUCGGACAACAACUGCGUGCGAGAUAAAAAAAACACACUUUAAAGGAAAAGUGAAAGAAAAACAUUGCCCAUCAUCCACAAUCCUAAUGUGAGACACAAACACACACGUCUUUCUCUUUUCUGUGCCUUCUAAAGGUGAAUAAAAAACAGGUAGAAGGAGACAGAGGGAUGCACCUAUUCCGCCUAGAAGAACUACAUUAGUAGCGUAGUGACACCUCGCCAUACUUCCUUUUUAUAAAGGAAGUAUACUGUUAAGUAGUCCAUGUUAUCAUGAAUGUACCCACCACUACAUGCUCACGGCAUGAAUAAAAAAGGAUUCAACCUUGUCAGAGGUGUUUUAAUAGCAGGCUUUCGAGGUGGAAUAGGUGUGUCCCAUUCGGUGCAUUAUUUAGCUACCUCUUUUUAGCUAUUUUUAUGUCUUUAGAAUGCACAAAAAAGAGAAAGACGUGUGUUUAUGUCUCUCAUAAGGUUGUAGACAGGCAAUAUCCUCCCCCUAAAAAUUGCACUUUUCCUUAAAAGCACCAAUCGGGGG